ACCCCUACUGAACUCCAAACCACAUCCCGACAAAUAUUACCUCCUCCCACAACAGCUCAAUCACAACCUUUAUCGCCCCCAACAUUACCAUCUCAAGUCACCUCUCAGCAACUGUUGCCACAACCAGCAACAACUCAAAAUAGCGACACAACUGAACCACAGUCGUCAUCUGCAACCCUCACACGAUCACCGUCUAACAAACCUACACGAUCACCAUCUAAAACAUCCACACGAUCAAUAGCCCCGCCUCGCACUGCUUCCAAGACCCAACCAGCAGAAGAAACAACCUCCCACCCACAAUCUCCAGUUCGUUUGUUAUCACCUUCAGACCAGCAAUCAGAUCAAACAACACAGCUGUCAAAAGAUAAAAGAAUUCCAAAAUUUCAAUCCACCAUACAGGAUGCAUCUCAGCCGCAGAUCCCGGCCCCUCAACAAGGACCUGAGUCAGUAGUUUCACCCCAACUGACACAAGAAUCUAAAUCCAAUGCAGAAAUUGCAGCAGAGACCACCAUCAAAUCCGAGGAUCAAAUCCAAAGCGAGUCAACCACUCAACCUCAAGUACCAGAACAGCAACAAAAAGAAUUAGGCUUACUGACAACAGCCACUACAAAUGCACUCGUUGCAGAGGAAACCUUGAAAGAAGAAAAGACCGAGGCUCCAUUGCCCAAGGAUUCAAGUCAAGGAAUAAUUACCAAUCUUCUUGCAGCAGCGGCAGAUUCAGGAACCAAGAUCAGAGAGGCAGCAAGUAAAGCAUUUCAAGCAGCACAAAAGAAGCAGCAAGAGAAGCAAGAUGUUCAAGAAAAGAAAAGGACAUUGAAUGCUGCAAGCUCUGACCCAAAUCAACUGAAAACUACGACUUCAACAGACAUAACGAGCAAGGCUCAGCACAAACCUCUUAUAGCAAAUGCAAGAGGAGUUCCACUACAGAAAGAGAUUAUGGAAGAUGUCUCUAAAUUUGUCAAUCAGCUUGUAGCAGGACAACCAAACCAGGCUUUGGGUGAAAAAUCAGCUACUGUAAUGACAUUAGCAGGUGAAAACAUAGGAGCAUUCAUGCAGAUAGCUCCAGCAUCAGUAAAAAAGGAAGCUCCAAUCCACAUUUAUCGUGGUUAUAAGACUAACCCAGAUGAAAGUCCUGAUGUAACCACUGAUGGAGAAGGAAGCUUCAAAGGAAGAAGUUCUGAAGACCCAACAACCAAACAGCCGUUGACGAAGUCAUACAUCAACAACAAUGUGCAGAGCAUUAAUAACUCAAUUUUUCUUGAAAGCAGUGUUGAUGAGAGAAACCCAGGUGUUAAACUGAGUCUAUGUCAGAAUCAAGAAGAAUCAACCAAGUUAAGUCCAAAACCUCUUGAGACACACAAGGCUGAGUAUAAGAUGGGCCCCUCCGAGAAGCUUACUUUCGAGCCUACAGUGAGAAGACGAUGCCUCAGAGGACUUUUUUUGGAACCAAGUGAUUCAGACACAGAAAAUCCUGAAAAGCCCCGACGUCAUGGCUGUCGCUUCGACUGCAGAAAGACAAUCAAAGAUAUCGAAACAGAAUAUAUCUGAUGAGGAAGUACCUUAGCUAUCAUUUAAGAUAUAUGUAUAUAUGUAUAAACACACAAUCAAGAUAUAAUUAUAUGUCAAAAAUAAAAUGACCAUAUCUUAUUUUCUUUUGAAUUCAAUAUGAAAAAAAAUGCAUUACCAAAACAGGUUCGAUAUUGUCACAAUGGCAAUGCGAUGGCAUUCUAAAAAAAUUAACGAAAUCGAAAAGAAAGAGUAAUUGUCACAACUAUUAUUAGAGUUAGUAUCAACCACCAAAAACGCACUGGUAAAAUAUUAAGAGAUAUCAUGGACUGGUAAAAGGAAACAUUUAAUCAAUGAACAAACAACUAGUGCCUUUUUUUAUCACUAAAUCCUGCAAUAACAUGGACAGAACUGAAGAAUAAAUCCUAAAAGUUGUCGACAUAUAAACAGAAUCAGACGGUCCAGUAACUAUCCUUUCAUUUGUUUAAAGGAUUAUAAAAGCAUGUCUAUACUUCUUGCAUCCUCUAUCUGCUAGUCCCGAUCAGGCCAAAGAUUUCCAACAAUUAGCAAAAGGUGUAAUUAAACAACAAGGAAUUAGUAGAAAAAAUCAAAUGUCAAUUCGAAACCCAAAAGUUAACAAAAGGAAUAACCUAAACCAGCAUUGCAUUUUAAGUUGGUGCAACCUACAAAAUCUCCAAGAAAGAAACCAGGUACAAAAAUUUCAAACACCUAAACUCUUGUCUCAAAGGGGUUUCAUUUUGACUUUUGAUACCUAAACUGCCACAAACCUAAGAAGAAGAGAGAAUUAACAAUAACAUAGUCAGUCUUUAAAAGAGCAGAAGAAUCACAUAUGAACAAACAUUAGUGCAUCCUUAUCUGAAGCAUUCAGAACCAGCAUCUUGGAAACAUGUUCUUUUCAAACAUAUACUAAUACAUCUUAAAGUCCGUAGAGCAACACCCAGGGGCAAGGCAAUCAUAUAAAGCCUAAAUCACAUCCUCAUUAAUUAACACUUUAACAUUCAUAACCAGAAUGUUUUAGGUAGAUUUAAACUGCCCUAUUAAACUCGUGCAUGACCCGAAAGGUAAAAACAGAUUUCUUACUGGUGACUAGUCAAGCACAAAUUAGAUUGUUCAGUCGUAUAUACCAGCAGCUUAUCAAUAGAUGCCUAGGAACAUAAGAUUUCUUACUGACAGAUUCACUAUUUAAAGCAUUCAUUUCCAGGGAAAAGGAAGAGGAAUGGAAAUGUUGUCUGCUCCAUCAUGCAUCCAACCGAUUAAUAACACACCAGUGGGCAAAAACACUUUAGAAACCCUAACUUUACACGAGUACAAACUCAACCGACUAUAUAUGCUGACUAUUAUAUGUCCUCGUAGAAAUUGAGCCAAACAGUUACCGAGCUGUUCAAGAGUUGAAAUCCCAUUUGCAAGUAUCAAUACUACCUACUCGUAAUAAGAAAAUAUAAUGAAAAAUUAAAGAAAAAAAAAGAGAACUAAGCUUUGGCCAGAUAAUUGAUUUCAUCAAGAAAUGUGAGAAAUUCAUCCACUCAAAAAGGGAUUUAAGAAAAGCCCAGGAAAACAAGUCAAUCAUCAUCCUCAUUCGUCACAUAGGUUUAUAUGCUAAUCCGAAGAUAAAAGAUAAACGAUUCUUUUCUUUUACCAUCAGGUGGCCAAACUAGCUCCUCAGUUCUUGCUACAUUACAGAAAAUCACUUCACUACGGAAGCACAAACCCUACAUGAAAUCAGUUUACAACGAAAAUACAAGCCCUAUAGGGUUUUCUCUCUCUUGGAAGUUAGAUACAUCUCUCUGAUUUUGGAACACAAGGCCCACUCGCUACCAAUCCAAAAGCUCUCUCUGGUUUACUCCUGAGUUUCAAGUCUUUAGCUUCCCCUCUGUUUUUGGCUUCUGCAUCCUAAAGGAAGAAAGUCGAGAACGUUUGUGGUAAACCCGAAGCUAUUCUUCGGUCGGUCUUCUCUCUAAUCGACCCUCAUUGUAUGAAGAGUAUUUUAAGUCCUCUCAUUCAUCCGGCCAGUCUCCUCGGAAAACGCCGCUUCCUUUCUUCUUUCAGUCAAAUCCCUAGCAGAACAUCCUUGAUUUCUGCCCUUGCCAUUUUCGACUUAAUAAAUCUCUCAAUUUCUCGAUUUUACGCCACUCCAUCGGCUUCUCCCUUCUGCUCUCUUCUUCGCUCGAUUCUUUCCCAUUUCUGCAUCGGCAGCUUGCGAGAGGGUCAUUCACGAGUCAUCUCGCCGUCCCAUCUCUCUUUUUUUUUUUUUAACAAAGCGAUGCAGAAUGAAACUGGAGCUUGAAACGGCAUCGUUUUAUGGAAAGCUGGAGAAGGCCUUGUGGGCCCAA